AUGGUUAAUAGCAAGGCGAUGGAGUAUAACACGGUGGGCUUAGUUCGAAACAAGGUUCAGAGCACGGAAGACCAGGUUCAGGGCACGGUGGACAAGGUUCAGGACACGGUGGACAAGGUUCGGGGCACGGUGGACAAGGUAAGGAGCAGGGUGGUAUACAUGGUGGUGUGUACACAAGGGCAGGUCCGACGCAAGGUGGGACUAGCCGCGGAAUGCAUAUCGACGGUGGACAGAUGCAAGGCUCUCCUAGCUUUCCAAUGCAUACGGUAG